AUGACUGCAGAUUUGGAUUCCUCCAAGCCGUUCUCCACAGAGCUCGACGUCAUCAGGCGGCUGAACUCCAGCCUCAGCCGGGACGGUUGCAGACAUGGACGGGGAGCCGGACGCGCACUCUCUCCUGGGCUUCACACCCCGGCCGAGCGUGCGGCCCCGGCUCCUUCGCGGGACGACGUGCCCCUGUUGGACCCUUGCUGCGGUCAGCUGAGUGCCGGGGCUGAGGUGGAUCUCGGGGUCAAAGGUCGACGGAAAUUCAUCGACUUUCGCCACGUGGCCUCGGCGCUGCGGGUUCCUCCAGGUUUCGGAGAGCGGCCUCAAACAGCCCCGGUCUCACCUGGGUUCUGUGCGAACCUGUCAAAGGACGAGGCCUGGGACUCCAGGAGGAUCCCUGAUGCAGCUCUGAGAGCAAGACUCUGCGGUUCAGCCGGUCCUGUUGACAUUCAGCCGCGCUCACUGAGGACGUCAACCGAGGGGACGACACGCGGCCGCCUCCCUGAUAAACAUGCCGGGCGUCAGGGCACCUUCUCUUCUGAUCUGGGAAACUCAGCAGCAGUUCAACACUUCAUAUACACAUCUGCAACACAGAGGAGUUAUGAGGAAGUUUUUUGGGACAGAAAGUUGCCGGCGCACUCGAAGGCGCCAGAAAUAAACCUGGAGAAACGUGCAGACCCAGUGAGCGAGCGUCCCUCAUCGAGGCGCUACCACAGCCGACCACAGCUGUGGCAGUCUAUAGGAGCCGAGUGGAACCGGAGGCAGCUUCGUUCAAGGAGCGACGCCAAGAAACCCGUAUCAUUCUGCAGUGGAUGUCCGAGGUCGGGUCAGAUUCCUCUAUACACCGGCACAAUUGGCUCCGAGAACAUGAACAACAUCGACAACAUAGAUGAACAGUUUCACCCGCUGACCUUGAAGAGGAGCAUCGUCCCCCCGUACACGCCCACAGCGCGUCGAACCACCAUCCCUGGCUACACGGGCAAGGCCUGCCAUGUUAACUCUGCAGUCUCUAGGCCAGGUGUCUCCUCUCCUGCAGGCUCCCAUGGAGAACCGGGGAGUUCUGUUUUCGGCCACGUGGCGCCUCUGUCCCGAAUGGUGACCACCACGGCCCCCUGCAACCCCUCCCUGAGACCCGCGCUUCCUGUCUCACGCGCAAACACUCGGGGAGGCAUUAGACGGCGCAGAUGAGAAAGUUCUGAAGGUGUCAGCUCCGUAUUUAUGCCAUCCAAUCUGUUUAUAUGAAUGCACCUAUAAUGAUGUGAUGUCAGGGGCUGAUUCGGAGUGAGUAGGGGAAUAAUGAGAUGCCCCAUUAUCAUAAUUUCCCUGAUUUAGAUGAGUGGUUUUCUAACAGUGGGUAGUGAGCUUUUGCAUUGUCCUCCUAAACAUUUGCUCUCUCACUGACUGACUCUCUCACUGAGUGUGUGUGUGUGUGUGUUUCAGCACCUUUUUUUUUUUUUUUUGCCAUGAAGGGCAAAGAUAGGGACAAACACAUGGAGGAAAGUAGGAAUAUUUUGCAAAAUUCUUGCAAAUUUAACCGCGUAAAACUGUGGCUUGUAACAGAUUCAUUAAGAGAAACAUUUUGCUAUUCAAAUGAAUCCACUCAGGACGUAGAUCAUACAUUAAGCACAGUUUGCAGCAUCUGCCCUAAGCGCGUCAUUUAGAGGCGUUUUUGUUUGUUCGACAUUAUUACAAAGUGCCUGCCAGCUAUAGCUUUAUGUCUGUGGUUUGUGCAGCUUCGCGCUUCGACAGGAAAUAGGGAUGAGCUGCUUUUCCUGUUUCUCUUCAUCUAUAGUUUGUUUAGAUUUACAUUUCGCGAGGAUUUGUACUUGAACACACCGUUGGUUCUUGUGCAAUCACUAAUGAAGUCAAGGGGAUUCAGAAGUGAGACGAUUAUGAUAUGAAUGAAUGGCCAAAGUUUUUUGUUUUUUGUUUUGCAUCUCUUACUAGGCUGCGGCUGCAAAUUCCAAAAAGGGAACAGAUGAAUCCUUCUUAAACGCCUUUUAAAAUGCAUCUCAGUAGAAUAUUUCAUUAAACAUCUGUGGGAUUUAUUUUAAACUUUGGAAAGCUUGCUUCACAGAAACGUAACACACACCACAAACAGCAUCCCCACAAUGAACCAGCAAGUGUCCAGCAAGAAAUAAAUGUGACAAAUUACAGUUGCCGCAAAAGAAACUACCUACUUCAAUUCAUCUACUGAGAACAGCUCCAUCAGUGGUGCUUUUAAACUACAUUUUAAAGCUAUUUUUAUGCCUUUGUUAUGGAUAUGCGGUAGUGGAGAGAAACAGGAAGUGAUCAGGUGAGAUUAAGGGGUUUAACGUAGCUAAGGUUGCAGGCUAGAAUCAGAGCUGCACCUCUGCAGUGUAGAGGACUACAGCCUCUGUUUACGGCGUUGACCUCUCGGCCAGGUGAGCUACAGAAAGGGCCAGUUCACGUGACAAAAAAAAAGAAAACGAGGCAUCGCUCCGGAAGGCGUUUAGAGGACAUCCGCCGCUCGUUAGCCUCACAAAAAUUUAAAGCAGGGGUAAGAUAAUUACAACCCCGUUUUAUCCAAACAGCAACAAGAGAGAACACACCUGUAGCCAGUUGUGCCCAGAUGGCUUUAAUGUUAUUUUAUUUCAAGGAAAAUUGUUGAACGUGCAUAAUAACCAAGAAAACAUAUGGGCGUCUAUGUGUGAUUAGCAAGAAAACAUGUAUUUAUUCAGAUGAAUGACUCAGAAUGUAGCUUUAAAUAUAGAACAUUGGUGGAAGAAUAAAUGAAUAGUGCAUAAAAAUCACAUUUAAUAACAUUUAGUGUAACAAAAUGACCACAUUGCUAUACAUUAUAAUGCCUCAGACACGUACAGUGGGGAUAAGAACCAAGUGUUGUGCGUCUCGCAAUACUUACUAUAGUAACAGCUUGUGAACCCACUUCCUCGUUAAUUACUGAUAUAUUCUUGGAAAUACAUGUCCUUGAACUGGUGUGUGUGUGUGUGGGGGCGGAGGAUGAGCAGCUACAAAGAGACAGGUUUGUUUUCGGUUCAGUCAAAUGAAAUUUAUUCACGUGUAAUCCAGUAAUAAUCGAGAUUGUUGCGUCUAGACCGAAGUUUGAGGUCAAAUAUUAACCGUGGGUCUUAAUUCGCUUUUAAAUGGUCACUGGUCAGCGCUGAUUAAGUGCGCUGGUGCUGUCAUGUUUUUCUUUUUUUAAAUAAAUGGGCAACAGAGUGGCCCCAACUCUAUUAACUCUCUUAAAGAACAACAGUCUUGUGAAUGUAAAAUACCAAUGCUAAUAUUUAAAAUAAACCCUGUUAUCUACUCUUACUAAUCUUACUAAACGCAUUACAUUAGGUGCACAUUUUAGAUUGUAUUUUGUGCAUUGUGCUUGUGUGUUUUUGUGCAGUGUUCGUCGCGUGGUGUCGUCAACAUCUCUGUACGUCCUGCGGGUCUGUGUUGGAUGUUGUUUUGUGUUUUUAUUUUCGGACUAAAGGUGGAAAUUAGCUCUCUGCUAAAUCUGAUGCACACGUCUAUUCGUGUCUUUGACACUGUUUAAUGCGUGUGCACAUUGUCCAUAAGCCUAAAAAUAAAUGAAUGACAUAAACAAAUUGUCACAGAUG